AUGUACAAUUGGGGCUUUACUACAAAUGCAUUAACUGAAAAACAAGAACAAGUUUUGGCUGGCGAAAAUGAGGAUAGUGAUCGGGAAGAAGUUCCAACAGUUGGCAUUGAAAAUGAAAAAGAAUUUCUUCAUUCAGUGUAUGCUCUGGGAAAACCCUCACAUGAACAUCUUGAAGCAAUGGCCGAAAAAGAACAAGAUGAUCAGUAUGAAGAUGACCUUUUAAAUGUCAUGGAUCCUCUUAAUCAGAUAAAUCUGGUAAAUUACCUUGAGGAUCUCUACUGCUUAGCAGUUAUUAAUCAAGUUUUUCAAUUUAGGAGUUGUGAAGGUGGUUAUGCAGUGAAAUCAUCUUUGAAAGCUGAAGAUGGAAUUAUGUAUCCCCUUGAGAAGAGCUCCUUCUUUCUACCUAAACCUCCCACUCUUAUUCUUCAUGAAGAGAUUGACUACGGGGAAUUUGAGAGGCAUGCUGCUGGUGGUUCAAACAUGCAUUAUUUUGACCUUCUUAUCAGACUAAAAUCUGAGCAAUAA